UUUAAACACAAACAUGCUGUACUAGCACGGUGCCCCUUCAGACUUGGUAGUAACUCAGACGUCAUAAAACCGGAAGUCAACCCUUUAACGUGACAUUACGCAUGCGCAUGCCUCUCGCGUCUUCGACCUCUACUACAAGCCGACAGCAGACACUGAAUCCACGCCAGCACCUUUGGGUGACCUGACAAAUACGUCCCUUCGCUAUGUACGCCUGUGCUAAGUUCGUCUCCACGCCCUCUCUGGUCCGUGCAGGAUCCCGGGUUCUGUACAGACCACUCUCAGCAGCAGUAGUCUCAGAUGCCAGAAAAGCAGAAACUGCUUCACUCCUGGCACCACAGAGCCUUGCAGCCUCCCAGCAGCAGAUGGCAGUGAGGGGAUUCCAGACAAGCGCUGUGAGCCGUGACAUUGACACUGCUGCUAAAUUUAUUGGAGCAGGAGCUGCCACUGUGGGAGUUGCUGGGUCUGGUGCUGGAAUUGGAACAGUGUUCGGUAGCCUUAUUAUUGGAUAUGCCAGGAACCCCUCUCUGAAGCAGCAGCUGUUCUCUUAUGCCAUCCUGGGCUUCGCUCUGUCUGAAGCUAUGGGUCUUUUCUGUCUGAUGGUUGCAUUCCUUAUUCUGUUUGCCAUGUAAACCAGCUUGGCAUUUGCUGUAAAGAGAUGCAUCAAAAUGUUACCAAGAAUUAGCAGUUUGAGAUGACCUUGAGUGGUUUCAGCUUAUGUGGCCCAUUCUUGUUCAUUGGUGUCUAGAAGAUUGUGAACCCACUGAUGUAUGAAACUCUGGCAAACCCAACUCAUUUUUAAUGAUGGUUUUGUCGCUAUAUUGUAUAUUUAAUCAAAUGUUUUUGUUAACAAACAUGCAACCGAUAACAGAAGUAAAAUGUUUAAUUCAU